GGCCUGUGCAGCUGCUCCGAUGCAGUGCUUGGACGUCAGCAGCAGACCCCAGCAGCGGGACGAGGGGAGCGCCCGGGCUGACCCCCUCUGCCCGGCGGGGGCCCGGACAUGCGCACUGGGUCUGCGCCGGGCCUGGGACGGGAGACGCCGCGUCGGUCGGGAGCUGCGGGGAGGCCGGAGACCCGGUGGCAUAUUGCCUUAAAUUGUUUGAAAAAUGGCAGAUGGUCAAGGGGAUAAACCAAUGGAGGCAGAUGUUAAAAUGCUUAAACCUCCACAGUUAGGUUUGAAAUUGGUUCAUCUGGAUUUGAAAGGUGCACCACCCAAGAUCUCCUACCUGCGUGAGAUCUUUCCUCUGUUUGCACACCUUGGUGCAGAUGGUAUUCUCCUGGAGUACGAAGAUAUGUUUCCAUACGAGGGAAAUUUACAAGUUUUAAAAUCUCCAAAUGCUUACAGUCCUUCUGACAUCAAAGAUCUCAUGGAUCUGGCCAGGACACUUAAGUUUGAGAUAAUUCCAUUAGUGCAAACCUUCGGCCACAUGGAGUUUGUACUUAAACAUAAAGCUUUUUCUCACCUUCGUGAAGUGAAAACAUUCCCUAACAGUCUCAAUCCACAUAAAGAAGAGUCUAUGGAAUUGGUAAAGUCUAUGAUUGACCAGAUAAUGGCAAUACAUAAUGACAUAAAGUGGAUACACAUUGGAUCAGAUGAGGUUUAUUACCUUGGUGAUGGUGAAGAAUCCAAGCAAUUGAUUGAGCAAGGCCAAACUAAUAAAGAUAGUCUGUUCAUGUCUCAUGUGAAAGCAGUUGCAAGUUACAUCAUUGCUACUCACUCAAAUGUAAAACCUAUCAUGUGGGAUGACAUGCUCCGAAAUAUCAGUGCAGAUAAACUUAAAGAAUCCAUGUUGGAUCAGCUGGUUGAACCAAUGAUCUGGGUAUAUAAUGCUGAUCUUGAUGUGCAUAAAAUGAUACUUCAAAUACAAAAGUAUCAAAGCACAGGAUUCUCUCAGAUGUGGUUUGCAAGUGCUUUUAAAGGAGCUACAGGUGCAGCUCAAUGUCUAACAUCCAUUAGCUAUCACUUAGCUAAUCACCUGCAGUGGCUGAAUGUAGCUGAGACUCUGCCAAAGAACUCCAUUCAUUUACAGGGGAUAGCAAUCACUGGUUGGCAGAGGUAUGAUCAUUUCUCAGUUUUGUGUGAAUUACUUCCUGUGGGGAUUCCAUCCCUGGCGGUCUGUCUGCAGACCUUGAGACAUGGAGUGUUCUCUGAAAAGGAAGAGGAAUAUGUGAAACAGUCUCUUGGAUGCAAAAGUCUAGGAAUUAAUCUUCUAAGCAUUGAAGAUGCUGGCAGUUUUCCAGGCAGUGAAGUACUUGACCACGUAACUUACGUUAUCACUUACCUACAGGAGUCUGUUGAUAAACUUCUUCAUGAAAACAUAUAUGUAAGAGGAUGGUUCAGUAACUACCACAGAAGGAGAAAAUAUGUCCACCCUGGCAUAAUUCAGAACUUUGAAGGAGAAGUUAGAGGUGUCUAUGCACAUUGGGAGGCAGCUGUAAGUAAGCUGCGUACAGCAAUGGAAAGAAUCUAUUAUCCAGAUACUGUGGAAGAGUGGUUAGAAGAAUACGUUAACCCAGCUUUGAAAAAGUUGCAACACUUCGUGCGAGAUAUGGAUGAAACUUUAGCAUCAAUUAACAUAAAAUAAAAAAAAACACUUGUUUUUAUCUCCAGGAAAAGUAAUUAUAUUGACUUAUUUAAUCUGAAUACAUGACUGCUGCAUUUGGUGAUAUACUGUUAUGUUAAGUAACAAAAACAAGAAAUUAGCAUGAAAUGAGGAUAUUUAAAUCACUGAGAUCCACCAUGUCCAACAGAAUGCAUAUAGUCAAUCCUGGUUUGGACACUACCUGUUUCAUCCGCUGAGGUAUCCUGGCAUGGACAAUACCUCUCAAAUGCUGAAGUGAAGAUAUGAAUAAAAUCUAAAAGAACAAGUUGCAGACAAUGGCCGCCAUUUCACAAUUCAGUUUCUGAGACAGUAACCUCAGUUCACAGAAGACUGUGUUUCUGUGUAUAAUUUAAUUGCUUCAAUAGAAACUUACCUUCAGUCCAUUAUCCAGCUCUGUUUUGAAUAACAUAACUGAAGUCAAACACAGUUAAAUUUACAAAAGAUUCUAAACUAAGGAGAGAAUUGCUGACAAUGGAGUAUGGAAAAAUUGAGUUAAUUUUCUCAGAGAUUGACGACUGAAACAGUAACAGGGAUCAGUCUGGAGUAUGUCUGCUUAAAAACAAUUCUCAAAGUCAAAAGUUGAGUUCUAAUAAAAUAAUUACUGUGGACUUACCAUCUUUUAUAUUAUUCAUUCUGCCAUGUGUUGACAGAUCUUUUAUCUUAUUAAAUAUUCAGUUUAGAUUUGACUUUGAUAAUUAAAACAAAUGUUAAAAUUUCCUGAUGUGAAAGAAUAACUUAAUAAAUUGAUUGAAUUCU